UAAAUAUUGAAGAGACAAAAAAAAUUAAUCAUCAAAAGAAAUUAAGCUAAUUAUAGUUCUAUUAAUUCUGUGGUUCAAAUCAUUAAGACAAUUAAAACUUUGCGUUAUCCUUAAUUUUAUGUUUACAUAAAUGAGAUUUAAUUAAAAAUACGUAUCAAUGAAAUUGAAUAAACCUAAUGGAAUUGGAUCAAGUCAUUUUGUUAGUGGAGGUUUCUAUUAUGGAGAAUGGAAAAAUUAUGUUAUUCAUGGAUUUGUUGUCUACUACUUUAAUGUUGGAGGUGACAUAAAGGAGAAUUUAAGGAAGGAUAAGCCGAUGGUAAUUGUCAGCUCUCAUAUUAAAUUGGAUAGCUAUAUCAAGGCCAUUUAAAGAAUAUAAACAAUGUGGGGUAUGCAUAAAUUGGUAGACGAGGAAAAGAGGUUGACUAUUACUAAUUUUAGUAUUGAUUGUUAACAUAGAUAUAUAAAGAUAUUUGAAGAAAAGUAAAAAUAAUUAUAAGGAUGGAAUAAGAAUGAAGAACCUUAAUUGAAAGAGGAUAUUCAAAUCGCUUUGGAAAAUCAUUGGCCAUAAAUUGUAAAUCAUAAUGAUAGAAUUGUUUAUGGCUUGUAAAUUGAUCUAACUGGUUUUGGAGUGAUUUAGUAUAAUAACGGCGGAGUAGAGAUGGGAUGGUUUCAAAAUGGUUCGCUUAAUGGGAGAGGAAAAAUAAUAUUCAAGAGUGGAGAUACUUAUGAUGGCCUAUUGAAAAAUGGAUUCUUUUAAGGUUAAGGUAAUUAUUGUCAUUACACAUAAGGUUUUUAUUAAAAUUAUAGAUAUUUCACUAUUGACACUCUACAAUUCACAAUAACUGACAGAAGGACAAUUUGAAAGUAAUUAAAUUCUUACAAUUCAAAAAUAAAUUCAUCAGUAUUCUAAAUAUAAAAAUGAGGGAAUCUUAGUUGUUGACAAAAGAAUUCUGAUAAAAAAUAUCCAUUUAAAACCUAGACUUAUGAUUGCAAACAAAUAACAGCACUCUUCCGAAAAAACACCAAAUAAGGAUAAUAAAAUCUAAAAUCUGGUUUAUCAUAUGCUUUACCCAAAAAAAAAAUAUAAAAAGCAAAACAGUGGGUAACUUGAAGUGGUCAUAGACAAUCUCUUGUCUUGGGGUUCAAUCGCCUUAAUAAAGAAAAAUCUAGUACAAAUAUUUAGUUAAGUCCCUUUAGAGAAUCAGAUGAUAAUUUUUAUAUUAUUUUACUUUAUUAAAUGUAACAAUCAAAAUUAAAUAAAUCAACCCUGUAACAACAAUCAAUAAAGGUUUAUGUAAGAGUUAGGCCUUUAUUGAAAAAAGAGUUAGGAUAAGAAUGUAUUAUAAAGACUGACCAAGUAGUAAUUUGUUCCUAAAAAUUAGCAAAAAUAUGUAGUGAUUGAAUAAUCUACACACAUAUUAAAGUAGGAAUAUGAUUAAGUGUUUGAUGAGAGAGUGUCAUAGGCAGAUAUAUUCAAAUUCAUAUCUCCAACCAUUCAUAAAGCAUUAUAAGGAUACAAUACAACUAUUAUGGCAUAUGGUCAAACAGGCAGUGGUAUUUUAGUAGUUCUUAAGAAGGUAAAACGCAUACAAUGUUUGGGAGUGACUGGGAGUAUUCACUUAAUAUUAGUUUGGGCCAUUAAUCGACAUUCAUUGAUGAUUUAUAAACAGAUUAGAAUCAUGCAGGUAUGAUACCCAGAACUAUUUAUACUCUAUUCAAUAAUUUAUAAUAAGGGUAUUAUGUUUAUUGCUCAUUUUUGCAAAUCUAUAAUGAAAAGAUUUAUGACUUAUUGCAAGAUCACAAGGUACCUCAAGCUUUAUAGAUUCAUGAAUCAAAAACCGAGGGGAUUUAUGUUGGUAAAUAUCAUUCAAGAUAUUAGAAUAAUUGACUGAAUAUGCAGUGAAUAAUUUAUAUGAUUGUUUAGCAUUGAUGAAAAGAGGAGAGAAGAACAGAAUGAUCAGACAAACAACUAUGAAUUUAAAGUCUAGUAGAAGUCACACUAUAUUUCAAUUAUUGAUUGAGACUAGCAAGGCUGAUUCAGGAGGGUAGUUAUUGAGAUCGAAAAUCAAUUUAUGUGAUUUGGCUGGAUCAGAGAAGAUCAAUAAAUAAGACUCAAUGACUAGUGCUCACUUGAAUGAAUUAAAGAGCAUCAAUUAAUCUCUCACCACUUUAGGAAAAGUAAUCCAAAAUUUAUCUCAAAACAAUAAAAACAUUAACAAAUUGCCAAUUCCAUACAGAGAAUCAAAGAUCACAAGAUUAUUGUAAGACAGUCUUGGUGGGAAUACAUUAACUAAUAUAUUUGUGAAUGUUGCUCCAAAUAUUUACAAUAUAGAUGAGACUGCUAAUUCAUUGAAGUUUGCUUAAAGAGCUCGAAAUAUUACUUAAAUAGUAUAAGCUAAUUCGAUUAAUGCAACAGAUCAAGAAUUGGUUAAUAAAUUGUUGAAAGAGGUAGAUAAUAUAAUUGAAUAUAGAUUGACUAUUUGAAACAGUUACUUAAUAUGAAGAGAAAAGGAUUGAACAGUAACGAUAUGCAUUUCAAAUUAAUGAAAAUACAAGAGGAGAAUGAGAGAUUGAGAUAAGCAAAUCUAUCAGUGAAUGAAGUUGAGAAAUUGAUGUAAGAAAAUAGGAAAAUGAGGGAGGAAUUAUAAAAGUUAUAAUUUUAAUCUCAUGAAAACUCAGAAAGUUCUCAUCUGAUGAAAUAUGGAUCUGAAGAAGGAUUUUCAGGAUCAGAAAAUGAUAAAUAAUACAAUACCUAUUAAUAGACGAAGCUCUCGAAUAAUGGUCUAUUGAUAGUGAGCAAUCCAAGUAUGCAGAAGACUGAAGUGACUGUUCGUUAUAAGGAUAGAGGUAAUAAAAUGUAAACUAAGUUGGGAUAUGUGGAAGCCAGUGACUAGAUGUUAUCAAGGGAAAAGAGGCUAAUGAGUGAGAGAAGGAGAGUAAUUGAGAGAUUGGAGUUGCUAGAAUAGUUAUAAUUCAGAAAUAGUCUAAAUUCAUCCUUGCCAAUAGACUCAAAAAUUCCAAAACCCUCCAAGAAAAAUUCUAUCAAUUUACUAAAUAAGACAGUUGAGGAAGAAAGAAAUAGUCUACCAAAAUUAAAGAUUGCAGAGAGAAAACUAAUAUCAUGA